AGCUCAAGAACUUGCUUAUAUUAGCCAAAUGACGCGCUAUGCAUUUUUUGGUGGUGAAUCAUUCGGUGCUCCUAAUAGUGCAUAUAAUAAGGCUCAAAAUGCCAUCUUAGAAUCGAAACAACAACAUAUGACAUAUCUUCAUCGAGAUUAUUAUAAACCAAUUUAUAAUGCAUGGGGUACUGCAGGAAAGGAAGAAUUUACACGUAAAUUGGGUUAUCGUUUUCAAUUAAAAACUCUUUCCUAUUCAAAAGAAGUAGCACCCGGUGGAAUACUAUCUUUUUCUUUGAAAGUACAAAAUAUUGGCUUUUCAGCAAUGCAUUUAACCAGACCUGUAAAAUUAAUACUUGAUAAUGGCAAAACAGGUAGUGCACGUAUUACAUACAACACGAAUCUCAGUGUAGAUCCUCGAAAAUGGACACCUGAAGCGAAUAUCAUCAGUAUUGAUCGUAAAAUUCGUAUUCCGGCAAAUAUCAGUCAGGGUGUUUGGCAAUUACUUUUAAUUAUACCUGAUAAUAAUACACGUUUACAAAGUGAUGUACGUUAUACAGUUCGAUUUGCCAAUGAAAAUAUUUGGAAUACUGAUGGAACACAUGUAUUAACCAAAGAUAUUUCUAUCCAAGCUUCAGCUUCUGGAUCACGUAUUAAUGAUAACGUAUUUCAAGAGGUUACAAUUUAA